AUGACUGUAGCGGUGAUGGAGAAGAAAAAGUCCCUUCCCAUCGAUAGAGUCGACGCUGAAACAUGGAAUCGCGAUCUGAUGGAAGCCUUCCGCCAGGCGCUGGAGAAGGACCCCGCAGCAGACCUUCUAUCUAUUGUCGGGACGAGAUAUAUUAGUGCACAUCGUGUUAAUCAAUUCACGGGUCUAUCUGAGGCCAGUCGGCUUAACUUUAAAACCGUUUAUUGUCUCCAAGAUCAGGUACAUUCCCAACCCGAAAUCAACUUGCGCGAUGCUUUCCCCGCGGACUACGAUCGCCAGUACAGAUGGGCCAAGCCAAAGGAAGAAGACAAGUCCCCACCAAUGCAGCAGCCAGAACCGCCGCGCGACUCGCUUCGCGAAAGGCUUGAAGCUGUAAACACUGCUAGCAUCAUCUACCCACUAUCUGCCCAGGCGUUGGCGCUCGCCAAUCAACAUCUUGCGGCGGAUGAUUCUUCUGAGAAAGUACCCCUUUCAGUUGCUCUGAAAGACCUGAUCUUGAAGUCUGACAGACUUUUCGAACUAAGGAUUAGAACUGGUGCUGUUGUUAGAUGCAGUGACGAUAUUGUUAUCAAGAUCUUUCCCAGCAAUCGAGAUCUUACUGAGUACCAUAAUCUCCAGUAUCUCGCUGAAAAUGCCCCCGAUUUACCAAUUCCUAAGCCUCAUGGCCUCAUCAUGCUUGGUAAACUAUCCAUACAAAAACAGCUGGGCGAUAUAUUCUCUCGCCUCAGAAGAUUACACCAGGAAGACGGAACUGAACUUGAGGGCGUACGCGGAGAAGGAGUCAAAGACUACCGCAUUAUGGAAACUCUCGCGUACAAAGGCAUAACCACAGCUAGGGGUUUUGACGAGCUGCAGUUCUCGGCAAGGCAUCGCGCCAGUCCUUCCUACGUCAAGUUACUUCGGCCUUUCUUGGAUGAAGACAGCAAAUCCCUAGAAGGUUCCGUAUUUAGCCAUGGUGAUUUGAAGAAAUCCAACAUCGUGGUGCAAGAAGACCCAGGGAAUGCCGACUUUUACAUGGUCACCGGGGCUAUCGACUGGGAGGACGGUGGUUUCUACCCUGAGUACUACGAGUCUACCAAGUUGUCUAAUGUACAAGGCAUCAUGUCUGACGACGAUUGGUACCCCUAUGCGCCACACUGCAUCUCCCCCUUACGGUUUCCUGUACGCUGGCUAGUUGACCGACUCUGGGGCACUCUUUUAUGGAGUUGGAGGAACUGA